ACUGUGUGCAAAAUUUUUGAUUACGACAUUAUUUUUUUUUUUCAUUUUAUUAUUACACCAUGAGCUCUCUUGCUGCUAAGCCUCGAUCUGAAAUGACAGAGGAAGAACUUCGUCAACAAGAAGAACUCGAAUUCAACACGGGUCCACUUUCUGUCUUGCAACAAUCAGUUAAAAACAACAACCAAAUCUUGAUCAGUUGUCGUAACAAUCAUAAAUUAUUGGCUCGUGUUAAAGCUUUUGAUCGUCAUUGUAACAUGGUGCUUGAAAAUGUCAAAGAGAUGUGGACAGAAACACCUCGUAGUGGAAAGGGAUCAAAGGCUAAGCCUGUCAACAAAGAUCGUUUUGUCAGCAAAAUGUUCCUUCGUGGUGAUACUGUCGUUCUUGUUCUUAGAAACACUGUAUAAAGAAUUCAAUCAAAACAAUAAAGGCAUUUUACAUGGAAACGCGUAUGCAUUCAUCAUCUUUCUCUUCUUUUUUUCUCUUUUUUUUAUGCAAAAAGAAUAGACUCAUAAACGCGAUGGAUAAAGGCGUUGAUUGGCUUUAAGCAGCAUCUCUUUUCCUUCUUUCCAUCAAAAGUCACAUCUCUUAUGCUUGAACCUAUUAAAUUCAUCUCU